AUGGCCGUGGUUGUGACUCAAGUGAAGGAUGGCCUCGAUGGCACGAGCAUUCUCUGCAACGACGAUUUCUGCUACAAGAUUCCUGAUCCCCUCGUGCGACUCAAUAACGAGGACAAGGAGGGUGGGUUGGAUGGAGACGGUGGGAGUAAGGCUGACGAGGAUAAGGUUGCUGCUGACGUGGCUGAUGAUGGAGGGGAGGCAGGUGCAAGGGGAUAUGGCGAGGGUGUAGGGGAUAAAGGAGGGGUUGCAGUUGGAAGGAGGGAUGGCGAGGCUGGAGAAGCUGGGGAGAUGGAUGGCGAGGCCAGGGGUGAGGAGAGUGUUACAGCCGAGGAGAGGGGUGGAGAUAGUAAGGGUGAGGGUGGAGGGGAGGCAAGACGCGUUGCAGCUGGAGGCAGGGACGAGAGGAGAAGAGCGGGAGGAGGAGAUCCGACGGUGCAGGGAGAAGAUCAUGCUGACGUGGACGCUCGUAGUGAUGCCACGUGUCCUGAGCUUCUCCUCCUGCGGCAUGGCACGCACCUCUUCCCCAUGGGAUCUCCAGCCACGCCUUCCGCCUCUCCCCAGCACUCCCCCCGCCAGCACCCCCACCAUCCGCCCCACCCUCUGGAGCGCCCUUCCGCCUUGGCUCUCUGCCUGCCCACUGCUGCUCUCCCCGCGCUGCCCUUCUUCUCGCCCUUCAUCGCUCCGCCGCCGCCACUAGAGAAUGCAGAAGUUGCUAUGCACAAAAGAGUCACGCAGAAGAUUUCCAACCUGACAAUUCACCUGGAGGGAGACCCAGGGAAUGCUCACCUGCUGCUGGAGCGAGGCAAGGCGUGGUAUAGUAUCCACCGCUUUCCAGAGGCCGUAGCGGACCGGCAGCGAGCCGUGGCCCUCCUGGAGCGCGCUGCUGCUCUCUCCAACCCUCACAGCAAUGGGAGCGGCUACGACCCAUCCGACCUGCCAUGGGCAUUGCUUUCCCUGGGCGAGGCACUACACGCAGCAGGCAGGGUGCAGGAAGCAGUGCAAGCCAACGAACGCGCUGCUGCCCUCCUUUCGUCCCGGAACCUCACCAGCCCUGCCACGUCAGCGCCCAGCUCCUCCCCUGCCACGUCAGCAGAGGACACGUCAGCAACCGCCAACUCAGCAGCAGCCACGUCAGCAGAGGACACGUCAGCAGCCGCCAGCUCAGCAGAGUGGGUGAUGACAACAUCAGCGGCGUGGGCGCUGGUGGGGCUGUCGUACCAUUGGCUGCCAGAUGCUGACAAGGCCGAGAGGGCGUUCCGAUUGGCCGUUGAGGCGGACCCCCGGAACCCCAAGGCUUACAAGCACUGGGCCAUGCACCGACAGAUGACAGGGGACUUGAAGGGCACCAUCCCCCUCCUCACCAAGUGGUUCUCCCUCGCUCCCCGCACCCCCAAGGAUCAUCUCACUCUGGGCUGCUGCCGCCAAGCUCUGGGACACAUUGCACAUGCGGUAUCUGCCUUCACGCGCAUCAUUGACGCCCCGUCCGACCCUGAAGAUGCUCCCAUCCUCUUCCACGCCUUCUACCAGCGUGAGAUCGCCACAUUCACAGCAAUGCGUCUCGACAGCUCCUUCAGUGACUACUCCAUCGAAGGCGCCUUCAGCACCAAGUUCCUGAACCACUGGGCAUACAAGAAGGACCCAAGAAACCUCUUUCCCGGAUAUGCCAUGCUUCCCCCUGCUGCUGCCUUUGCUCCCCGCCGCCCGCCUCGACGGAUGGAAGAGGAGGACGAGAGGGAGAGGGCGAGAGUGGUUCGAGCGGCGGACCUGAUUGGUCGGCGCGUGCAGUACAGGGGUGUUGGCAACGUUGUGAAUAGGAGAGCGCACAGGGCAGCGGGCAUGGCAGCCCUGGAAGUGAUGCAAUCAGCACGCGCCACGUGGCGGCUGUGGGCCAAGAGAAAGAAAAAAAGUGGACAGACGGAGGGGAGUAGAGCUGCAGAACCAAAGAAAAGUGAAGAGGAGGAGGAGGAAGAGGAGGAGGAGGAAGAGGAGGAUGAGGAUGAGGAAGAGUACGAGGAUGAUGAGGAGGAUGAGGAAGAGGAGGAGGAGGAAGGGAUGGGGAUGCCAGUGGAAGGGUGGAGGGGGUUGUUUGGCAUUGGAGCGAGAUGGAGACAGCUGGUGGACCCAUGUGAACCAGUGGUGUGGAUGGACAGACUCAGGAGCGCCGAUCCCUCUCGGCUGGGCAACUCAGUGACGCCCAUCUCUGUGUGGCGCCAACUCACCACCAAAUAUGCCGACUACGAUAACAGGUGCACUGACUAUGCAGCAAGAACCCUCGCAGUCCUCAAGAGCACCAUGCAGCAGAAGCGCCAUGUGUUCUCCAAUGUGGAUGACCGGCGCAUGCACUGCACCUCAUCACUCCUUCCACAACAACCAUCUUGCAUGCCUGCUCUCCUCCCAUCUUGCCCCAUCAGAACCCUCGCAGUCCUCAAGAGCAUCAUGCAGCAGAAGCGCCAUGUGUUCUCCAAUGUGGACGACCGGCGCAUUCCCCUCUCACAGGCAGAUGCCUCCAAGGUGAGCUAUGGAUAG